GGAAACACAACAAGUAGGUCAUUUUUGACUAAUUUAUUUAAGUCCCAACUGUAUAAAUUGCCUCCCUCCCCAUCUCUUUUCCGGCAGAUUCCAGUCCAACUUGUCUCCGGCAUCCUCCUUUCUCUCUCCCCCUAAAAUUCUCCGGUCUCCCUCACUAAAAUGCCUCCUCAAGUCGAUAUCGAGACAUUGGUCUCCGCCUGUGCCGGCGGCGGUGCAACCGACAGGAAAGUCGCGUGCGAAACAUUGGCCGGAGACGAUGGUGUCGCGAAGGAUGCGCCGCCGGAUUUCCCGCCGGGAUCUUUCUGUUUGUCCAAGGACGCCGAGAUCGACUGGUUCGAUCAGAACGCUUUCCUAGAGCGGAAGGAAUCGGCCAAGGGAAUAAACGCGAACCAGACCGGGCACCCGAAUCUUAACCCGGGUCCGAAUUCGAGCUCUCAGAGGUUCGUUAAGCCCAAAGCCUCUCUGUUAGGGUUUCCCAAGACUCAGAAGAUGAACUACGUUUGGAAGACUUGCACCAAGCCGGCCAGUAUCCGGCUUUUCCCCCCUAAGCGAUCGGAAUCGAUUGAAAAAACCGCCGCCGAACCGGGUUCUCCGAAGGUCUCGUGUAUGGGAAGAGUCAGAUCGAAGCGCGGGUGCCGGAAAUCCGCCUCAACUAGAGAAAGCUCGGCCGGCGAUCGAACCAUAACCGUGGGAAACAAGGAUAAGAUCGGCUUUUAUUCGAGGUUACUUUCCCUGUUCAAGCCGAAUCGGAGACUGAAACCGGCCCCAAAACUGGAAGAUCCGGAUCCGGAUCGGAACAUCGGCGGAGGAGCAAAAAAGCGCGACGCCCCAAUAAGCGUUGAAUUAGCAGCGGAGCCGCCGGGCUUGGGUGCAGUGCGGCGGCUGUCGUCGGCUCGAAAACCGGACUCGUGGGCGGCGGAAGAAAUUAAAAACGCGAUUUCGGGCUCUUUUGAAACGGGCCGGCGGCGCAGUCAUACCGGCGUCGCCGAUGUCUACGGUGGUUGUUGAAAAUUUUGUGGGUCGUUUAUCUGUUAUGGUUUGUCAAAGGUGAAAAGGGAUCUUUUUACCCUCUCCGUUGAGUUUUUACAGUUUUUUGGAGUAGUUGAAUACACUAGAUAUGGAGUAAAAUGUAAAUGCAAUGGAUUGGAUUUGAAAUGUUUGUAAACUUUGGACUUCACUAUAAGUUGGG